CGGAGCCUUUCGGCCCAGUUGUCGGCCCGCACGUCCCCGCCCGGUGCCCUCCCGGUCCCCGCCCCUCCGCGUCCCGGGACUACGCUCGCUCCGUGUGGAGCUCCGCGCGCCGAGCGUUCGGAAAUGCCCCGCUACGAGCUGGCUUUGAUUCUGAAAGCCAUGCAGCGGGGUUGGUACAGUAGGCUUCACUAGACUUAGCUGCAACUCAGAAUUUCUCCUCCAGCACCUGAGUAAAUGCUGAUGGUCUUGUGGAGAGUGGAUUAAGAGUACGAGCUAAGCUCAAACCCAAUUAAGAAGCGGAGGAAAAUUUAACUGUCUCCUUCAAAGUUUAUCACCACCAUCAAGACAGCAAACCAAAGGACAAAGACUUUGACCUGCUGUGUUGCUCUGUGUAGUCCAGUUCACGUAUGGUUUACAAAACUUGACUGGGGUGACUAAUAAGUAAGAAAAGUUGGACACUUCUGUCAUUUGGACAUUUUAUUCAGAAGUUACCAGAAUGAGGGCUGUAUUGGAGACAGCAGACAUUGCCAUAGUGGCCCUGUAUUUUAUCCUGGUCAUGUGCAUUGGUUUUUUUGCCAUGUGGAAAUCUAAUAGAAGCACCGUGAGUGGAUACUUUUUGGCGGGGCGCUCUAUGACCUGGGUAGCAAUUGGUGCCUCUCUGUUUGUGAGCAAUAUUGGGAGUGAGCACUUCAUUGGGCUGGCAGGAUCUGGAGCUGCAAGUGGAUUUGCAGUGGGCGCCUGGGAGUUCAAUGCCUUACUGCUUUUGCAACUUCUGGGAUGGGUGUUCAUCCCAAUUUACAUCCGAUCGGGGGUGUACACCAUGCCUGAAUAUUUGUCCAAGCGAUUUGGUGGCCAUAGGAUUCAGGUCUAUUUUGCAGCCUUGUCUCUGAUUCUUUAUAUCUUCACCAAACUCUCAGUGGAUUUGUAUUCGGGUGCCCUCUUUAUCCAGGAGUCUUUGGGUUGGAACCUUUAUGUGUCUGUCAUCCUGCUCAUUGGCAUGACUGCUUUACUGACUGUCACCGGAGGCCUUGUUGCAGUGAUCUACACAGACACUCUGCAGGCCCUGCUUAUGAUUAUUGGGGCACUCACACUUAUGAUUAUUAGCAUGAUGGAAAUUGGCGGGUUUGAGGAAGUUAAGAGAAGGUACAUGUUGGCCUCGCCCAAUGUCUCUUCCAUCUUGUUGACGUACAACCUUUCCAACACAAAUUCUUGUAAUGUCCACCCUAAGGAGGAAGCCCUAAAAAUGUUACGGGAUCCAACAGAUGAAGAUGUUCCAUGGCCUGGAUUCAUUCUCGGGCAGACGCCGGCCUCAGUAUGGUAUUGGUGUGCUGACCAAGUCAUCGUCCAGAGGGUCCUAGCAGCCAAAAACAUUGCUCAUGCCAAAGGCUCUACUCUCAUGGCUGGCUUCUUGAAGCUUCUGCCAAUGUUUAUCAUAGUUGUCCCAGGAAUGAUUUCCAGGAUACUGUUUGUUGAUGAUAUAGCUUGUAUCAACCCAGAACACUGCAUGAAAGUGUGUGGAAGCAGAGCUGGGUGCUCCAAUAUUGCUUACCCGCGCCUGGUGAUGAAGCUGGUUCCUGUGGGGCUUCGGGGAUUGAUGAUGGCAGUGAUGAUUGCGGCUCUGAUGAGUGACUUGGACUCUAUCUUUAACAGCGCCAGUACCAUAUUCACCCUCGAUGUGUACAAACUCAUCCGAAAGAGUGCAAGUUCCCGGGAACUAAUGAUUGUUGGGAGGAUAUUUGUGGCUUUUAUGGUAGUGAUCAGCAUAGCAUGGGUGCCAAUCAUCGUGGAGAUGCAAGGAGGCCAGAUGUACCUUUAUAUUCAGGAGGUGGCAGAUUACCUGACACCUCCAGUGGCAGCCCUGUUCCUUCUGGCAAUUUUCUGGAAGCGCUGCAAUGAACAAGGGGCUUUCUAUGGUGGAAUGGCUGGCUUUGUUCUUGGAGCAGUCCGUUUGAUUCUGGCCUUUACCUACCGUGCCCCAGAGUGUGACCAACCUGAUAACAGGCCGGCCUUUAUCAAAGAUGUCCAUUAUAUGUAUGUGGCCACAGCUUUGUUCUGGGUGACAGGACUCAUUACUGUAAUCGUUAGCCUCUGCACACCGCCUCCUACAAAGGAACAGAUUCGUACCACCACCUUUUGGUCGAAGAAGAAUGUGGUGACGAAAGAGAGUUGCUCUCAGAAAGAUGAAUUAUAUAAAAUGCAAGAGAAGAGCAUUCUCAGGUGCAGUGAGAACAGAGAGGCGGUUAACCAUGUCAUUCCCAAUGGGAAAUCUGAAGACAGCUUAAAGGGCUUGCAGCCUGAAGAUAUUAAUCUGUUGGUGACCUGCAGAGAAGAAGGCAACCCGGUGGCUUCCUUGGGUCAUUCAGAGGCAGAGACACCAGUAGAUGCUUAUUCCAAUGGGCAAGCAGCUCUAAUGGGUGAGAAAGAAAGAAAGAAAGAAAGAGACACUGGCAGCCAGUACUGGAAAUUCAUAGACUGGUUUUGUGGCUUUAAAAGUAAGAGCCUCAGCAAGAGGAGUCUCAGAGACCUGAUGGAGGAAGAGGCUGUUUGUUUACAAAUGUUAGAAGAAACUCCAAAAGUUAAAAUAAUACUAAAUAUUGGACUUUUUGCUGUGUGUUCACUUGGAAUUUUCAUGUUUGUUUAUUUCUCCUUAUGAACUUAAGGAUAUGGUGAGAUACUUAACUUAAAAAAGUACUGGUCUUUGGAAAAAAUUAUGUAACUGUUGCAUCUCUCAGGCAUUGUUUACGCAGUAGGUUUUUAGCCAAAUUUUACUUAGCAGAAAAUCAUCUAUUUGCAAGACUUUUAUUUUCCCAGAGAUGGAUAAAAGUAAAUCUUCAACUUAAAUGAAGCAAAACAGACUGAACAGUGCAACAAUGUGGUUUAAAUUUUUCCAUACCAAAGUAAGAAGAGACCAAUUAUUCUCAUAGAUCACUUAGAGCAGAAUAUAUGUUAAGGUAUCACAAAUAAGGUAUAUUGUCUGCACUGCCAAGUUUUGGUAGGCCUCAUGCUGAGGUAAAAGAUUUGCUUAUUUCUAAGUUUUUUCUGUCUCUGUAAUUUCUAUUACCAUUAAAGAAAAACGAAGUCUGAGAUAUUGUACAAUCAGUUAUGUACUGAAAAUCUAAUAUGCUUGUACUCAUUUCAGGAUGAACUGGUUGCAAGGUUAAUUUUGUUAGCAUGAAUCUGGAUUCUGAUUGCCAAAAAGAAAGGUGGAAUACUUGCCUGUAGGUAUUUUUGUACCAUCCAUAUGUGUAAUGUUGGAAGGAUAAAUUUUUUCCUAGUGUGUAGUCACUACCCCCUCAUUCAUUGAAGCUCAAGGGAACUGUACUCAAAAUGACCAAGUCAGCCUAUAAUGUCAUAAUUUUAUUAUAAAAUUACUAUGGGGGGAAGUGAAAUGUUGCUGAUGAUCCCCAUACUUUCUGACUGACCAAAUUAAGAAUUUUUUUAAAAAUGUAGUUUUAGCAAUUACUAGGUCCAUAGCAGUGUUUGGUUAACCAGUGCUGAACAGAAGAAUAAUCAUACUCUACCAGUUUUCUGGCUUUUUUUUUUCCCCCUCAUAAUUUGGUGACAUUCUUUAUUAGCUUUCCCAAAUGGAUUUAGUUGGAAGAUAUAUUCAAACAUCUUAAAGAAAAUUUGACAGUGCUUUUGUGUGCUAGGUUACCCUGCUUGAUUAGAUAAUGAUAUAUUAAGAUUGAGGUUUUAGAGGAGAAUUGUAGUUGUAGAAUCAUACUGCAUUCUCGAUUACAUUGUUCUUGACCCCCCCCCCCCAUUUGUACACAGCCUCUACAUCUUUGUUAUAUAGUAUCUUAAGGCGUGAGGGUGUUUCAGUGCAAACUGGCCAUCAGUAACAGAAAUCUCAGAGUGCAUGCUUGCCACUGGUAGUCAUUUUUGUAUAAUGGGUAGCAUGUUUAAGAGGUGCCAUGAACAAAACUUGGGUUUAGUAGUGUGCUUUGGAGGGUAUUACAGGACUUGGGAAAUUUUAUCUUGACACAGCUUGGUCCCAGUUGCAGCAUCAUGGGUGGGAAUCUUCACAAGCUGCUGCUUUUUAGUGAGCACAGGAUACAAAAAAUGCUAGAGAGAAUCCUCUACAGAUGAUGUAAUUCUGUGUCAACACUAGUGUGUCCUCCAUGAAAGAUGAAGAAAGCUAAUUGUGUAUCUACUUUCUUUAAACUGAUACAUUUUAAAUUGCAUGAUUUUUAUUAAGCUUGUUUUAGGGCAAAUUACUUUUAUAGAUAGAAACUUUUGUAGAUUCUGAUUUGAAACUCAGCCCUGGUGACUUCAGAUUUUUUCAUAGUUUGUAAACCUAUUUAUGGUAGAUUUAAUUAGUCCAAAGUUGAUUUUAGAAAUUAUCAGGUAGAGAAUAAGGUCUUCCCAUCUUCAGGAGGCUUUGUCAUGGACUGAGUAGGUAGAUGAAAAGUAAUUCAUGUGUGAAUAGCAUGUAUUUCUGAAGAGCUUUAGAGUGCCUUGUAAGGUUUUAUUUUCUCCCCAAUUUCAUGAGGUUUACGAUCUAGGGGGUAAAAGAUAGGGACCACCUUUUUGUGUAGAAGUUGAGGCUGUAACUGGGAAGAACAGAUGCUUGUUCACCAAAUCUAAACUCAGUGUUUGUCCAGAUAUGUCUGACAAACCAUUUGUUUUGUCAUGGCUUUGUGCUGUUUUCCCAAAGGAAAUAUUCUUCCUUCAAGACAACUUAUAAGUAAUAGAAUCUAAGGUUUUCAAAAUUGGCAUUAAGUUGUAGGAAUUAACGUUUGCUUUGUCUCUAAACAUAGUGCUGUGUAACUCAGCAGUCUUCCGUUGGGCACUCUUCCUUGUUUUUACAGCAUAAGUAAAUAGGAAGUAUUUAUGGAUGUUUAUCUCUUUAUUUAAUGUUGUGUCUUAAUAGGUUAGAUUAUUAGUGUCCCCCUUCUCUCCGCCAUUGUCUUAGUAAGAUAUAUAAAAUGUAUCCAUCUUGUGUCUCGGUGUAUAUAUAAAAAGUAGGUCAAGUUUAGAGUACUGAUGUCUGUAAAUAAGGAAUGACUGUUAGUAUUUCCAAUAUAAUUGUUUAUUCUUGCCAGUAUAAACAUUACUUUAUUUAGACUGAAUUCCCUGAAGCUUGCCGUACUUAUGACUUCCCAUUAAUAGAUAAUGUGCUUCAAUAGGUAUGUGAAUUGCUGAUGGCAGCUUCAUUUCAGGAGACUCAUUUCAGUGUAUAUUUCAUUAGAAUGAUUGUGCCUGGAAUGGUAUAUGGACUGUCUUUAAGCUAGAAAAAUGUUCAUACUUUAUAGGUGACAUUGAUCUCUAUAGACACUAACGUAUAUUUUUAUAUUUGUUCAAGCUAAGUUUUAGAAUUGACCAAGAGUGAUAAUUAACUAACCUAGUGGCUAGCAGUCAUAAUGAGAUGAGGUGAGGGUACUAAUCUUUAAAGGUGGAGAAAAAUCUUCACCUGUGAAUGUUUCCCAACUCCUAGAUUUUUGUUUCUCAAAGGCAGUCUUUCUUGCCUUUGGAUCUGAUGAGAAAGGCUAAGUACACUGGUUUGCAGCAUGGUUCUUGACUCUUUUGUGGGACCUCCUAGCUCCUGUUCAUUGCAAAAGAGUACCCAGCUGAGCCAAACUUCCUUCUUUAGCUGUUCUUGCCUGGGGAGGUUAUCAUUUUUGUCUUUAGAGAGCAUCACACAAUGGAAGUAGUUUGUUUUUUGGCCCAAGGCAAUAGAUUCAAAUCUCUAGGGCUUCCUUUUCUCUUGACUCAAAUGAUGAGUUGUCUUUUUGCAUGCAGUGGAGGGUCCUGUAGCCUUAGCUCUUAGGGACUCCAUCUCAAAAAAUAACCAGAGAUUUAUCAUUCUAUGAAGCUUGCCAUUGUAAGAAUUAGUGGGGGGGGGGGUUAUUGCCCAGUUCUCUUACCUAAAGUCUUGUCUUUGUUUCUACGUUAGCAAUCCAUGACUUUUUAUUCCUGUAUUCAAGUGUACAGCUUUCCCCUUCUUUGAAAACCAUCUUGAGGAGCCUGUGGGUUCUCAUUCUUUUUCACCAAGAAAGUGACCUGUUUCAGGGUGGCGAACCUAUGGCAUGUGAGUUAUAGCAGGCUUCUCUGUAUCAUUGGAAGCUCUAAAAGCCACCAUCACUGCUCUAUGUUAUUGGUCAUUAAAAGGUUAGGUCCUUCAAUGUUCUUAUCUGGCAGUAUUAGGUUUACUUGAUUCCUUCAUGCUUUAUUCCCUCUAUCUGAGGCAUGACAGGAAAGGACCCACAUGGGUAACUAGCAGUGACACCUCACCAUUCCCUGGGUUUGAGUUAAGAAGGUAUUAUGAGAGCAUUCUUGUUAAAUUAUGUAAUUGCAGAGCCUUGCCAGGAUAAAACUUUCCUAAGAAAUAAGUAAAAUGUUUAGAUGCUGAUUAGAACUUAGGUGAUGCCGAUGAGAACAAGUUGGUAGAGGACAAACGUUAGCUUAGUUCUAGAGAUGUAAAAGCAUAUUCAUUUGAUUCUGGAACCCAAAGCAUCUUGGCUAUCAGCUAGUUUUAACAUGUUUUCGUUGACUUGUACCACUGUCAUGGCUCAGUGCUGCCCAACAGGGAGUUUUACAGCUCCAUAUGGCCCUGUCCAGCCCAUUGGGAAUGUGUCGAACCACUCCCCAUGUAAAUAAGGGUAUCAGGGAGUAAGAUCUAGCUCGAUAACUUAAUUUUAUGUAUUAUAAGGUACAAAUUUAUUAACUUUAAAGGUUAAAAUGACUUAUGUGUGAUACUUAAAAUUUAGUAGGAAAAACACUUGGGUUUUAGUAUCCUUAAAAUUUCUUAUAAGCUAGGUACUAAGGUGCUUAAAACUAUUGUUGAUAUUAGCCCCAGCAGACUUUAUAAAUGGGACAUAUUGCUGUAUAUGUGUGUGUCCUAACAUUCAAAUGCUGGUCUUUGUGUCUCCUCUCACGUUGUUUUAUUCUUACUCUUUCAGUACUACCAAAUUCUUUUUUUAUUAUUAUUAUGAUUUUUCUCCUUUUCUUUUAAAGGGGAAAACAUUGAAAAAUCAAGAAGCAAUCAAAAACAAUAAAAGAAAACGAUGAAAACAACAACAACAAAUAUCAGCAUUACUAUCAAAUUCUUAGUUUUCCUUUUUUUUUUUUUGGUUGGCUUAUUUCAUUUUCAGGCAUAUUGUCUUAAUAUUUUAAACUGCUGCUUUGCUCCCAAAUUAAGGACUUAGAUCAGAAUAGCAAGUCAUUGAAUAAUAGUUAUGUUUAAAUAUACUAAAUUUCUGUUGACUAAAAAUGUUAAUUUUUGAGGGUAAUUUCCUCAGAUUUGUGUUGGUUAAUAAUAGAAACAAAUAGUUAAUCAGCUUUUUAUUCUCAAAACAUCAUUUUCAAAAAUUAGAAAGUGAUAGUGAAAAUUUGAGUCCCUUUGAAAUGAAGGUGGGAUCAGACUGCAGAGAGGCAGUAGUUUAUUUGAUUGCCCAAACUGUCUUGUUCUUUUAGCAAAUAAAGGUCAAAAAUUGAAACUUGUCAGUUGGUAGGUACUGGUAGUAAGUAAGACUGGAUAAAUCUUUAUUUAGAUUACUGGGUUUGUUGGUUUAACUUGGGUUACAGACCCUUCUCAUUAGGGUUGUGUCUGUGUUUGGAAUAGUGUAGCUGCUCAGCUACUUGGAUUCCUAGUAGAGAAUGAGCCAGGUCUAAGUCCCACACCAUUAUUUAGUCACUUGGUCAUAAGAAUAUUUUUAUUUAAACUUCUCCCCUACCAGUGUUGGGACUAAACUAUUGAGCACCUUUAAAGAAAUGUUGUGAAAUUGAUGUAAUUUGUAUUUUUGUUUCAACUCUUUAAGAAGGUUGGGGUGUGUACCCUAUUUGUUGAUAACCAACAAUGUAACCAUUAGUCUUUUUACUUAGAAUUGAACAGAAAGGAUUUGGUAUAUUUGUGUCAUGCACUUUACUUUUCAGGGGAUUAUCAUAAAUCAUUUGUGGCUGUCGACUUAAUCUAGUAACCUUACCGUGUGUAACAACACUUGAAUUUGGUUACUUACAGCAUUGAAGAGAAGGAGCUGAAGAGCAAACAAGGUUUGGGAUUCUUCUGAAAGGGCAGUGGUUUUGUAGUCCUCAGAAAGGGAGAAAAGCACUUUGCUGUUGCCUGUGACAGAUAACACCCCCACCCCCCAAUCAGGAUAGUUACAGUCAGUGCAUGUUACCAGUAAGGGGAAUGCAUAUUACAGUGCACGUAUUACGGUGAUUUUCACAACAGCUCAAAUUGAGUAGAUAUUCAUAACUUAAUGAUACUUCGGUGAAAUCACUCUGUUCCCUAGUGCUGCUAGAUAAAGGAGUGUUUAUUGACUGUUUUUAGAAAAAGUAGGUAGGUUUUCAGUUUAUCAUUGUAGCCUGGACCAGCAUUGGGUAACCCUAUGGCUGUUUAUUAUCAUUGAAAGGUUUGCCAUCAUGGCCCUGCACUUUUAGAAUCAAUGUUCAUAAAGAACUUACUUUUUUUCUUCUGGUAACAGAAAAUGAAAUUAGGCUUACUGUUUUUGAAAUCUUAAAUCAACAAAGGUCAAUAGAUACAGUAUUUCAUUGUAUAACUAGCUUUUGAAAUUUAGGUGUUUGGAUUAGUGCCUUCUGGGUGUCAGUAUUGACCAACAGCUUGUACCUUUCCUUUUUUUUUUUUUCUUUUUUUUAAGUACAAAAUUUUUUAUUGAAGUUCUUAAAUUUUGUUACAACUAAUGAACAUUUAAGAGGAACCCUAUGUAUUUACAUACUUUACAUGCAGCCUUUAGAUUCAGGAAACAGUCACUUGAUAAAUAUCUUUUAUCUUUGUUUUUAUAUUCAUAAUUAAAAUGUUCAAGUCAUAUAUUUCUAUUUUAUCAUUUUCCCUUGUAGGUUUGAUACUAUAACAGUUCAUAUUCUGUGACAGAGAAAAAGCUUAAUGGUCCAUAGAAAGCACAAAAUCAUUUUGAAGUGUGUGUCUCAACACAUAGAAAGCACAAAACUGAUAGUAUUCUUAGUAGUUGACAAGUGCCAGUCAUAUCCCCCUCCCUCGUAUUUGUUUCGUUGUUAUGAGGACCACAGUAUUAAAAACUAGAAAAUGAAUUAUCUCAGUUAUAGAUGGGCCCUAAGUGAAAAAGAAUUCAAGGUAAUAAUCUAAGUUUGUUCUGCUUUGUUGGAGGUAGAAUACAAAUGUCAAGAAUACUUUCUUUGUACUUGGGCAUUACUAGCAAAGAUGGAGUCUUUGGGCCAAUUUCCACAAACUGAAAGUAAAUAAGGACAGACUUAAGGUUUUGGUGAGAACUCAUAAUAACUUUUUGCUCUAAGCUAUAUAGAGCCAUUGGAGUUUCGAAUUUUUUUAAAAUCUUGCCUUGUGAAAAUAAUACCUCUCAUCAACAGUACUCUAAAACAUGUGAAGACGUUCACGUUUUUAUAGGGCUUGUAUGUGAGAGGGAAAAGUGAUCUUUAUUUUCAUUAUAUGCUUUGAGUUUUCACUUUUUAAUGUGGUUUUUUGUUCCAUUUUAGUAGAGAAUUUGAUCCAAGUGUUCUGAAUGUCAAACUAAUCUUGAGACACAUGCAAAAAGAAUUACUUUGCUUUUCACAAUGGCACUAAAUGAAAGAUUGUUUACCUGUUCCGUCAUUCUCAAGACCAGAUUAGAGGAAAGCUGUGAAUGUGCUUGCAAAAGAUGAAAAUGCAUUUCUUCUACCCAGCAGCUCCCUUAUUGUGCCUCUCACUUCAUUUACCUCCAAAUGAUCCAUGCUUACCAAGAGUGAAUAAACAACUCUAUUUUGAACUUUGUCCAAAUGUCAAAUACAGCUCUUAGGAGAAAAGUGACUACCUUGUUCCUAUUCUUCUGUAUUUUGUAUAUUUAUGUUCUUAGGGGUGGGCUUGGUCAAAUCUCGUAUGUCUAGAAUGAAGAUUAUAGCUGGUGUAGACUAAUGUGACAUGUUUUAGAUAGGUUAGUUUGAACAUUUUGAGGGAAAUUCCUUUUUCCAGCACAAAGCUAGCCAAGUGUUUUUAUCUGUAACAUUAUUUUAGAAUGUAAAAUCUUAGGCUUAGGGGUUAGGGGAGAGGAAUACCAGACAUGUAGGAAACUAGAGAAGUUUGAAGAGCAUCCUUGGCUUAGCAGUAUGUGAAAACGCAAAGCAGUUAUAAUCUGUUAGUCCUAUAUAUGUAUUCUGUACCUUUAAGUUUGAAUUAGUUUAUAAAAACUAUGAAAGAAUGCUUUUGAAAAUUCCUUUGGCAGAAGAUUCUUGGAUUUAUAAUUCCAUGGAAAACUGCUUUAAUUAACCUAGGUGAAAAGUAGUCCUAGCAGUGUAAAUAUGUAUAGUUAGAAUUUUCUAAUUUCACUGUGAGAUCUCAGACUUUGAGUGGCAAACAGAUCAGCAAGUCUUUUGCUCAUGGACUUUUCUGUGGGGUUGUUAAAAUGCAAAAGCUUUAUUUUUUUUAAUAAUGACAUACUACAUUAGUGUCAGAUAAUGGUAUAGAAUCUGUAACCCUGCUUUCCCCAGCCAUUACUGCUUCAGUUUAUAGAUUGCCAGUAGAGCUCAGCAAUAGAUCAGGGAUUUACCAUUCAUUCUUUGCUUGGAUGUCCCAUGUUCUAUGUCCACACCUGUAUUGGCAAUCACAGUAUGAACUGUGUUGGGCUUCUCAGUGCUUUUUUUUCUUUUUUGAUAAGAUGGAUAUCAAAAAUAGUUGCUGUGCAAAAGUUAGUAGUCUUCUUCAAGAAGAAAAACAAUUCCUUUUCUAAUAAUACCCUGUGAAAUUGCUUCAUUCAUUCCUUUGUUUUUAAGCCAAAUGUCAGCAGAGUACUGCUGCUUUUAUCUAGUAAUUUUGAUAUGUAAGUAUUCAUGCAUUUUUAAAAAUGUCUACAUUGUAGAAUAUUUUUCCCAGUGUCCUGUCUAUUAUGCUUUCAGAUAUUUUGUAAAAGUCCAGUCAGUACACUGGGAGUCGUAUUGUGUUCAUGUAUCAUUUUAGCCACUCUGUAAUUGUAGACCAAAUGUGAUUAUAAUGAAGUUGAUGAAUAUUAAUUUUGUUAAUGAAUUUUUUAUUGUAAACUGAUUUCUAAUUUACCCUUCAUUGUUCACAGCUUUUUGUUUUAAAGUUUGACUAAUUGGGUCCAUUUCAUUGUGCAGUGUUUUAGUUGCCAGCAGAAAGUAGAAUUUGGUAUAAACCAGGUAAUUUCCACUUUGAAAGGAAAACAAUAAAAUUGUAGAUUUAAAAUUAUUAACCAUUUACAAUAAUUCUAACUUCUGUAUACAAUCUGAUUUUUAAAAUUGUAGACAUGUAUAAUCCUUGAUUUAAUGUAUUUUAAAAGUGUUACUGUUGUUUAAAAAAAAAGAAAGAGGUAAAUCUGCUAACGAGCUGUCAGUUUUUGUUACUGACCUUGUAAAAUACACUGUUCUUUAUGUACUGUGUGUUACUUUGCCAGCUGCUGCAUUAGCCUUCAGAAGUAUUUGGAAAUUUAAGAUGAACUACAUUUCUUGCAAAGUACAUUCCUUUCUGUGGUAUUUUGUCUUGUAACUCAAGUAUGGUAAUUAUUUUAUGGAAAUGUUAGCACUUCUGUACCAACUUUGAAUAAAAUGAAAAACUGA